GACAGAUGGAGAAUCAGUGUGUGAGUGUGUGUCGGAGAGAGAGUAACGUUCUGACAGACAGUGAGAGCUCAGAGAAAGGAAAAGGAAUAGAGUGAGUUGUGGGGGGCAAAGGAAAACAGAUUAAAUGCUUUAAAGAAGACUUUUUCCUUCCUUUAUUUCUGGAGCGUCUACUGCUGCUCUAUCUCCCAGCUCUGGAUUCAGCUGACAGCACCUCAAGUCUUUGUGUUUGCUCCUUUUUUUCCUGUUCUCUGUGUGCUGAAGGAUUGACACACAAGGAUCUACAAAGCGGUGACCAAGCACCUCUACGUGAAAGCUGCUCUGACAGAGGCUCUGAAACACGUGCAGACUGUGUGUGGUUCAGCGAAGCCCAUGCAAGGAUUAUAUACCACUUCACUCUGUAAGUGAGAUGCCACCAAGGUGCAAGAAGCAACAACAUAAAUAGCAGAGAGCUUCUCCAAAUGCUCAAGAUACAGUUGUGAAGAGUUUCCACCUCCGAGUCACAACAGCAGGAUUUAAAGCCCUGGGAAUGAAAAGCUAAGGUCUGUGAGGGAAGUUGCCAGAGUGGAAGGAAAUAUAACAGCAGCCAAUAGCUGUCAGAGGAACUGUCUGACCAAUCAGCAGAGGGCAGGAUUGCAUGCGACCAGUUGGAAGGAGAGAAAUGUUGGGAAAGGUUGGGCAUGCAGCCCUGACGUUGCUGUCAUUACUGCUGCUGUGGCAGGAAGCGGCAGCCAUCGAAGUUCCUCUAGAUCCAAAGAUCCAGCAAGACUUGAAGCAGCCCCCCACCAUAAUCAAACAGUCAGUGAAGGACUACAUCGUCGACCCCAGAGAUAACACCAUCAUCAUAGAGUGUGAAGCCAAGGGUAACCCAAUGCCAAUUUUCUUAUGGAGGAGGAAUGGGAGGUUGUUCAACAUUGGCAAAGACCCCAGAGUGACUAUGAGAAAACGCUCAGGAACCCUGGAGGUAGGGUUCCAUAACGGAGGACGACCAGAGGACUACGAGGGAGAGUACCAGUGUUUCGCCUCAAAUGAGCUCGGAAUGGCCCUGUCCAACAAAAUACUGCUCCGCGUCUCCAAGGCCCCGUUAUGGCCUAAGGAAGUGCUGGCCCCGGUGCAGGUGGUUGAAGGCUCCCCUCUGGUCCUAACCUGCAACCCACCGCCUGGCCUGCCUCCUCCACUCAUAUUCUGGAUGGACAGCAACAUGACCCCCAUCCAUCAGGACAGGAGGGUUUCCAUGGGUCUGAAUGGAGACCUGUAUUUCUCCAAUGUUUUGGUCCAAGAUGGUCAAAAAGACUACAGCUGCAACGCUCGCUUCAACUUCACAUAUACCAUCCAGCAGAAGAACCCCUUCAACCUCAAAGUUCAGACCACGGAGCCAUAUAAUGACACAUCUUACAAUGCCUCUGAUCCCUUCGGUGGCCGCAAAAUAGCAGAGACGUCGCCGUCUUUCCUGACUCCUGAAGGGAGUGGGAGCUUCAAAAUGGUGCUACGAGAUGAGCAAUUGCUGCUGGAGUGUAUCGCUGCUGGGCUUCCGACUCCUUCCAUCAAGUGGUUUAAGAGGGGGGGAGACCUGCCAGCACAAAAGGUGAAGUUUCAGAACUUUAAUAAGACUCUGAAAAUUCUCAGUGUGUCAGAGGAGGAUGCUGGGGAGUAUGUCUGCAUGGCAGACAACCGUCUGGGCAGUAUACGCCAUUCCAUCAAUGUCCAAGUUAAAGCUGCUCCUUACUGGUUAGACAAACCCACAAACCUGGUGCUGGCCCCAGAGGAAAAUGGCCGCUUGGUGUGUCGAGCCAAUGGCAACCCUAAGCCCAACAUCCAGUGGCUUAUGAACGGCGAGCCAAUAAACAAGAUCACAGAAACUCCAACAAGUACAAACAGAGAAGUUCUCGGUGACACCAUUCUGUUCCGCGGGGUGCAGAUCGGAAGCAGUGCGGUCUACCAGUGCAACGCCUCCAACCAGCACGGCUACCUGCUGGCCAACGCCUUCGUCAGUGUUCUCGACAUGGCUCCACGGAUGCUGGGACCCAAAAAUCAGUUAAUCAAAGUCGUCAUGAACAACCGAACCUUCCUCAACUGCCCUUUCUUUGGCUCUCCUUUACCCGAGCUGCGCUGGUUUAAGAAUGGCCAGGGCAGUGGGCUGGAUGGGGGUCAGUACCGGGCCUACAUCAACGGCACCCUGGAGAUAAAACGCGCUCGAAAGGAGGAUGAGGGCAUCUACACCUGUGUGGCUAACAACAUGUUGGGCAACGCUGAGAACCAGGUCCAGCUGGAGGUCAAAGAGCCUACUCGUAUAAUUCAAGCUCCCACGUACCAGUCAGUUUUGAGGGGCUCUAAAGCUACCUUCCACUGUAAGGUGGUGUCGGACCCCAGCCUUCCCAUCACGGUGAACUGGUCAAAGGACGGAGAGCGCCUGGAUCUGGGAUGGAGGUUGAAGAAGGAUGAAGAGUCCCUGACUAUUCCGUCUGUCAGUGAGAACGAUGAGGGAAUUUACACCUGCACUGUUAAAUCUGAGAUAGACCAGGACUCGGCCUCAGCCCGCCUCACUGUCUCAGAGGACACCUUCCACAACCCCUCAGUCUUUAGUACCUUGCCUCCAGACCGUCCAGACCCACCAAUAGAUCUGGAUCUGUCAGACCCGUUAGCCCGUAGUGUUCGCCUCACCUGGAUUCCUGGGAACGACCGCAGGAGCCCUGUCACAGAGUUCUUGGUCCAGUUUGAGGAGAACCACUGGGAGCCGGGCAGAUGGCGGAACCUGUCCUCUUACCCUGGAGACCUCAACUCUGUCAUCCUGCAGCUUGCCCCCAAUGUCAAUUAUCAGUUCAGGGUCAUUGCCAUUAACUCAGUGGGUUGGAGUCAACCUAGUCAGCCCUCACCUCGGUACAAAACCACUGCAGCACCCCCAGAUGCCAUCCCCAGAGACCUACGUGGUUGGGGAUCCAAUAAGGACAACAUGGAGCUCACCUGGGAGCCUCUGCGCGAUCUGGAGAAAAACGGCCCAAACCUGCAGUACAACGUGUGGUGGAGACGGAAAGACUCCGGGGACGACUGGACCAACGUGACCACGUCUGAGACCAAAUACGUCGUUCACCACACUGAAACAUAUGUGCCUUACGAGAUAAAAAUCCAGGCCAGGAAUGACUUGGGAUCAGGACCCGAGUCUAACAUCGUCAUUGGAUAUUCUGGAGAAGACAAGCCCACUGAUUCACCCACUGAGCUGCGGGUGUCGAAGGUUGGCAGCACCAGAGCAAAUAUCCACUGGAAGCCUGUAGAUCUGAGUUCUGUCCAGGGGGAGUUCAAGGAGUACAGAUUGUACUACUGGCGCGAGUCCAGUCUGGUUCCAGGGCUGGUGGUGAGCAAGGAGAAGAAGACCACUGGAUUCUACACGACUGUGCCAGAACCGUCCGGGAUUCUCAAAGACUUGGUGCCCUACUCUAAAUAUAAGAUGUUCAUGGUUGUGGCUAACAGUCGCUUUGAGAGUCUACCCAGCAACAACGUGGAAUUCACCACUGCGGAGGGCGUUCCCGAUGCUCCCAGGUUCUUCAGGAUUAACCGCAGAAGUCUGGACACACUCUACUUGGAAUGGGGCAAACCAUUAGAACCCAACGGCAUUCUAAUUGGAUACCAACUCGUAUACCAGAGAGUGAACGGGUCCAGACUGGGUCCCCAGCAGUUCGAGACGUUCCGUCCCAACAUGACAGACUUUAUCCUGCGCCUGCCGGACCGGUCCGCUCGCUACAAGUUCAGCCUGUCAGCGCUCACCAAGGUGGGAAUGGGAGAGGUCUAUGCCGAGGAGUCGCCGCUCUUUACCAAUGAAGCAGAAAACUUUACUGAUGCUACAGAUGUAGUUGAGCUUACGGACGCCACCCUGUCUUCUGUUUCCCCUCCUACUCCCACUCCUCUUCCUUCCCUUCCUCCCCUUCCUCCUACUACCAUCCCUCCCACAACAAUUAGUAUUACAACUCCUACCCCUCCUCCAACAACCCCUCCUCCUCCUCCUACUACUACUACCACUGAGGCAACUACACCCUCCACAGUUCCUGUGCUGGUCACCACCAAGCGAGUUGAUCAGAAUGUCUUGGUAACCCCUCGGUGGGAGAUCUGGAGUCUGACGGUGGUCGCCAACAGUUACUACGCGGACGUCAACUGGAGUCACAACUUCCCAGCUGACAGCAAGUUUACUCUAGAGGUCACUCUGGACUUCAACAAAACAGUGGCAGUUGAAAAGGAGAAACAGCCGCCCGUUAAUCUGAAGGCUCUGAUCGCUGGUGAAAUGUACCAUCUGAGGGUUUACUCCCAAGAGCUCAACAGCGUCAGCAAAUCUGUCACCUUUCAAACUAAAGCAGCUCACAUAGACCAGGUAGACAUAGCCACUCAGGGCUGGUUCAUUGGCUUGAUGUGUGCCAUUGCCCUCAUUAUACUGAUCCUCCUCAUUGUCUGCUUCAUCAAGAGGAGUCGAGGAGGCAAAUACCCAAGUUCCGGCUUCUUGACUGGUUUCACAAAAUACCUCGUUCGUGACAAAAAAGAUCUUCCCCUGGAUCCAGUGGAUCAGAAAGAUCAGGAUGGAUCCUUUGAUUACCAAAAUGGUUCAUCUGUCCGCGACAGGAACGAAAAUGAAAACAGCAGCGACGAGGACAACAAGCCUCUGCAGGGCAGCCAGACUUCGCUGGACGGCAACGUGAAGGAGAGCGACGACAGCCUCGUGGACUACGGCGAAGGCGGCGACGGCCAGUUCAACGAGGACGGCUCCUUCAUCGGCCAGUACACAGUGAAGAAGGACAAGGACGAGACGGAGGGAAACGAGAGCUCCGAGGCCACCUCUCCUGUCAAUGCCAUCUACUCGCUGGCGUAGCGGAGCGGCGCCGCUGCAGGACUGCCCAACGUCCCUCCGAUUCCCAUUAGGCACCUCACCGUACACAAGACACACACUUGAUUAUACGAGUAUCUAACACACGGUACACGCAGAAACGCAGGAGGCUCUGUCUGGAGACUAAACAGGCUCUCCUCCAUAGAGAUAAAGACGAGGAACAUGGGGGGGGUGGGGUAAUCUUAGACCACAAGCCUUUAAUUUUCCAUUUCUUGGCUCUGAUUACAUGAUCCGUCGGAGGCAAUCGUUGGACGGAGAGGAGAAGUUGUCUCCGGAGCGCCCCCCUUCUGCUCUUCACCCAUGCAAAACUUUGACGUGUGCCUUCAGUGGCGGCUUUGGAUGCAUCAGCAAGCAGUCUUGGUUUCUUUCGUUGGGUUUUCUGUCUCCCCCCAUCAUUUUGCCGCUGCUCUGCCUGAGAUGCUCCUCUGAAUCUGAAUCCCUGAGUCCACUCUGACCCCAUCCUGUGACAUAUCAGCCUCUCACCAUUAAUCUGAACAGGAUGCUGGCAGAUAUGUUUAUCAUAUUGAUACUUACUGCGCAGUGAACGAUUUUCUUUUCUUCUUUUUUUUGUUUUCCACAGCUGGUAGAUGAUGUAUUGAAUCCUAAUAAAUGCUGUACACAGUCCUGGCACACAUUUUAGUGCCCCUUGAAACUAUGCACAACCUCCAUAACAUUUUGAGUUUAAUCUGGUUGAUAAAAACAUAACGUUAGGUUUGUGUUAGCCAUCUUAAAUCUGAAAUCGCGUGUUUUUAUCGACAUGUUCGUCUCCAAUGUUCAAUCCAACCUUUUAAUGUACGUAAAAAAGAGAGAGAGAGAGAACCCAGCAUCUGCACAGGCUUCAGCCCUUCUUACAUUCUACUGUAAAAAAAAAAAAAAAAAAAAAAAAAAAACCCAUCUUUUGAAUAAUAA